ACACUUUUAUUGAAACAACUUGAAUCAGUUCAAGAAAUAGUAAAUGAAAAUUUCAAUGGCCCUCUUGAUGCUGAGCAAAUCUCCAAGACUCUAAAGCUUACAAUGGAAUUUGUAGAAAAAAUGUUAAAAAAUGACAAUAAAAAAGAAGAAAUCACAUAUCUGCUCCCGUAUAUCCAACUAGCUCUAACUGCAAGAAGAAUAAGCCCAUCACCAGCACCCUCUAUGUUCGCUACUCUGAAAGUUCCUAUUGUGAAGCCCAGCAAAAAAGACCUGCUAUGGCAGGAAAUAUAG